AUGAUCCUCCUACCCAGAAUGCCGCCACGAAUACAUCCACCCUCAAAGGCGAUUGCAUCCAUCUUACGGUGCCAACGGCCACUCCGGCUCCAACGCCAAUAUGCAACAGCAGCAGCAACUACACCUGCUGCAUCUCACGAGCAGAUGAUAAGAUCAACACCUCCAGUGGCUCGAUAUCCUUCUACGCAACCUCCAUCGUACAAGCCGCCCGAGUUUCGAAAGUCUCAACUCCUUCGUCAAUAUGCCUCCCUUCUUCGCUCUACGCCUCUCAUGCUCCUCUUCCAGCACAACAACCUGAAAUCUAUGGAAUGGGUCGGCAUAAGGCGAGAAUUAUCCAAAGCUCUGCAGAAAGUGGACGAUGCGAGAGUGGCCGCUGGUCAUCCACCGGAGAAUCUGGCUGAAGGUAUCAAGAUUCAGAUCAUUCAGACGGGCAUCUUUGCUGCAGCUUUACGGGUUGUUGAGUUUUAUAAGCCGGAUUCGCAAACAUUGCAUCCUAAGACUCCUGCACCACCCCCUGUAGAGUUGACACAUACUUUGUCAAAGGCAGCUCAUGAAGCAGUGGCGGAUACAAGGACGGCUCAUGCAUUGGCACCUUUACUCUCUGGGCCAUUGAUGCUUUUGACAUUCCCCGGUGUCUCGCCGCAGCAUAUGAAAGCAGCACUGUCGAUUUUAGCGCCUAGUGCGCCGCAAUUUCCAGCUCCAACUCGAAGGGCGAAUCCGGGCUGGCACGACCUUCCUGUGCAAACUGGAUUGCAGAAGUUGUUACUUUUAGGGGCUAGGGUGGAGGGGAAAGUCUUCGACGUCGAUGGAACGAAAUGGGUAGGAAGCAUCGAAGGUGGAUUGGAGGGUUUGCAGGCGCAGCUGGUUUCUAUGUUGCAAGGCUUUGGUGCUGGUCUUACUAAUACCCUGGAGAGUGCUGGGAAGAGUCUUUACUUUACCGUAGAAGGCAGAAGGACUAUGCUGGAGGAUAAAGAGAAGGGUGUAUCUGAGCCAGGGAAGGAAGAGACAAAGGCGGGAUGA